AUGGGUUUUCAUCAAACCUCAUUGAACAGAAGUACGAGACACAUUUUGUCCAUUUCGAAGCUGUUUCUCCUGCUCUCGCCGCUCCUCGUCCCGAGCUACUCCAGUGCAGCCACCAAAGUCAUAGAUGAGAGGAGCGCGUUCAAAGUGGGCGUGAUUCUCGAUUUGGACUCACGUCUCGGCGACCAAAUGCGUAUGGCAAUCGAAAUAGCAUUCCAAGAUGUGAACAGCAUCUCAUCAUCAGGAAGUCAUUACAUAAAGCCAUAUUACAUAAACUCCCACGCGAAGGCCCUUCAAGCAAUUUCGGCCGCUGAAAUGCUGAUCAAAAGGAAGAAUGUGAAAGUUAUUAUCGGCUUGGAGACAUGGGAGAGAGCAACUUUAGUGGCCGAAAUUGCUAAUCAAUCUCAGGUACCAGUCAUAUCCUUUGUGAGAGACCACAUAACACCGUCAUUGAUGGCAGAAACUCUAUGGCCUUCACUGUUUCGAAUGAGUACCGAUGAAUCCGACCAAAUUAAAUGCAUUGUAGAUAUAGUUAGUUCUUAUAACAGGCAAAGAGUAUCAAUAAUAUGUGAGGCGGAGGCAUACGAUACUACGUACUCCAAGCUGUUAAAUUCUUUGUUGGAGGAGCUUGGAAAAAUCGGCUCAACAAUAGAAGACCAGCUGAUUCUUCAAGCAUUCUCAUCUCCAACCGGAGCAGAAGUGUCUUUGGAAGAGAAAUUAAUGAAGCUGAAGGGAAAGGCAUCUCCAAUCUUUAUUGUUCUAGGAUUGUCGUCGCAGGGAAGCGCUCAUUUUCUCAAAGAAGCAAAGACGAUGGGACUCUUCUAUGGAGAUUCUACUUGGAUAUUCGCUGAAGAACCAUUUGCCAAUCUCUUAACUUCAGUAGAACAUCCAGGAAUCUCCUCGACUCUUGAAGGCGCAAUAGGCGUAAUCACCUACCGUCCCAAAAACCAGGCAUAUAGAGAAUUCAGAUCCAAAUUCUUGAAUAUGUUCCAUCACAAGUAUGGAGAGAACUUCAAUUUCGAGCCAGGAAUCAAUGUUGUUCGAGCAUACGAUUGCAUUAAGACCUGUUGA